GUAAUGUUGGACUAGGCACCAACAGAUUGAUGCCAUGAUACCUGCGGCUUUGCCACCAUCAACCUCAGGUUGGUCACCUCAUGUUCAUCGCCACACUCUACGAGUGCCGGGCAUUAGUGGCUCUGGCUGCUGUCCAACUGGUACAUCGCUCUUUGGGGCACAUUGGGUUGAGGGAGCUAUCGUCGUGGCAAUGUGCAGGAGAUGCCAAACGCACAAGGAGUCGUGCUUGCGUCGCAACUCUCUGUCCGAUUGGCCGACCAGUGUCAGUGGCUAUGCUGUGCGACCAAUCAUCGCGAAGCUUCCGCAUGAGAUAGGCAGCGUUGCAGCUCUUGUUGUGGAUGAGGAAGCAGAAUGUGUUGACGAGGAUAUCCCUGAGUGGGUACCUGCAGAGUGGCUGAGUCCAGUGAUGGGUGACAGUGGAGUCUCCGACGUCUAUGGGGCCAUUGGUGUGUGGCCUGCUGCCUUUGUCGCAGCAGAGGUGGUGCUUCAAAAAGCACCCAAGGGGAAACCCUUCAGUUGUCUUGAGCUUGGCUGCGGUGCCGGCUUUCCGUCGCUGGUGGCUGGGCGCCUGGGCGCUGAGAGGGUCUAUGCCUUGGACUCGGAGCAGCUGACGCUGGAUCUUCUCCAAGCGGCUUUUGAACGACAAGGCACUUGUGGCCGACUGGUCCCACUGCUGGGUGAUGCUUCGAAGCUGCCCCAGGACCUCUUGGCUUCAGUGUCGCUGAUCAUUGUGAGCGACUUGCUUUACAGUGUGGAACUGGGAAAGUCCCUAGGCUGGUGCUUGGGACGUUGGGUGAUCGAUGAGGGGCGGCAGCUGGUGUUGACCGAUGGUGGUCGUUCAGGGCGGCCAGCCUUUCUGGAGGCGUUUCGAGAGGCCUCCAGCAGCGAUGCCUGCUUUGAAGAUGUGCCAGUUCCUGACUGGGCCCCACAGAAGGGCGACUUCUUCGACGGGACCUCCACCCAGACCGUGGGCCUUUUGCGGUGCUUCGGCUCGGCAAGGCGGACGACAAGGUAUUGACAAAGGCAUCGACGAACCUGAGAGGCGAACCAGAGGUAGCCAAAGCUGCUACACAGUCUGCAGAAGGAAACUUCCGACGUUUUGCGCCGACGACGUGAAAUCAUGUGACGACGUGAGGAUCCUAAUUUGCUGUCCCAUAAUGGUCCUAUAACAACAUCUCAGAACUACCUUCCUUUGAUUCCGACAACAGGCCGGCUCACUGGUUGAAUUGGCAGCUCCACGCAUCAAACUAACGGGCAUUUGCAGGUUGCUGGCCCGCACUGACCUUGUGUGAUCUGUGCAUCGUCCAAACCAGGUUGUGAGUUGUCACCUGACAAACUCACAAUGCACGAUGACCAAAGAGCUUGAAGUCGAC